CCACAAAAUCAAUAGAAAGCAGCAGAAUCUUCCAUUGCUGGUACAAUAUUGGGCCCAUAACUGGGAAAUUACAAGAGACAUGGCUGCCUACAUCUGUUUUGUAAUUGGGGUUUUGCUAUUUACCGCCACAUCUGAGACCCUGGCUGCACCUUCCAAUGAUAGUAAUGCAAGGGCAUUUAAUCCAGCUAGCAAUGAUGCCUCUUCAAGUGACUACUCAGUCUGCAAUGACCUCAUGAACACUGACAACCCACCAGCUCUGGAUGAGAUCCCAUGGUUCUGUUUGUGCUCAACUUGCCAAGGAAUCCCAGGACCCACAGGCCAGAAAGGAAACACUGGUACCAGAGGUCCUGCAGGGCCACCAGGUACUGCGGGCAUGAAGGGACAGAAAGGAGCCCAAGGCUUGCGUGGUCUAAGAGGUCUAGAGGGAUUGAAAGGCCAGAAAGGGGACAGUGGUUUAAAAGGAAAUGAUGGCGUCACAGGACCACCAGGACUGAAAGGUGACCAAGGCAUUAAAGGUCAAAAAGGUGAAAAUGGUACCAGUGGAGCUCCUGGAGUUCAAGGCCCACCUGGAACACCUGGUCAGUGUGCACCUUGUGUUGGACAAAAGGGGGAUCGUGGAGAACAAGGCAUCACUGGCCCUCCAGGGCCACAAGGAAUAACUGGGCUUUCAGGCAAUAAGGGAGAAACAGGCCUCAAAGGUGAUAAAGGAGACCUUGGACCAGCAGGUGGACUGGGACCAAUAGGACCAAAAGGUGACCAAGGACCACAGGGUGUAUGCAACUGCAAGGAUGGAAGUAAGGGUGAACCAGGCCAAGUUGGGACUGCAGGGUCCCAGGGUCCAAAAGGAGCUAUAGGGCCUCAGGGAAUCCAAGGACAAAAGGGAGACAAGGGAGAUAUGGGUCAAAAGGGUGCUGAAGGAUCAAUGGGGGUGCCAGGUCCAUGUACACCAGCUGUUCAGUCUGCAUUUUCUGUAGCUCUGUCUGGUAUCUACCCGAAGCCCAAUGCCCCAAUACCAUUCAACAAAACUCUGUACAAUGAUCAAGGACACUUUAACCUUGAUACCUUUAUAUACACUGCCCCAGUUGCAGGUGCUUAUGCAUUCACAUACCAGUUCACCGUCUACAGAAAAUAUUUAAUAGCUGGGCUGUUUAGAAACAGUAAGUUAGUAGUAAAGUCGACUGAUAACGAAGAGCUUGAUCAGUUAUCUCAGUUUGUAAUCCUUCAGUUAGAUGCAGGAGACAAGAUCUGGAUGCAGGUGAAAGACAUUAAUAAUAAUGGUGCCUAUGUGGAUAUCAAUACCGAUAGUACAUUCAGCGGUUUCCUGAUCUUUCCUUUCUCCUGUGAUGAUAUUGCUCCUCGUGAGUUUAAUAACCCAUCCCCCACAAACUUCCACUGGCCUGGUGAAGAUGCUCCAACUACAACACAGCCAAGCAACUGGUAGUCCUAAAAGCUGCUUAUAAAAUUGUUCUGUGUUCUCAAAGUCAAGAUUAUUCAAAAUUAUACUAUUGUGAAUUCAGAAAUCUGCAUCCUUGCAUCUCUUCCUCUCUCACUUCCUCCCUGCCUACCACCUUCAGAUUUGUUUGGUCUAGUUGUGCCUCAGUCAGUUGUAUGCAUUUCACUAAAAAAAAACAUAAUAUGGCAAAAAACACAUCUGAUGUGUAAAACCUGAUUUUGCCUAAUUUCUGAUGAUUGUAUUAUAGGAGUGUUGUACAUCUGUAUUCAAGACUACUGUUUUGUAGGUUACAGAACAAAUGUACAGAAUGUUGUUACUUCUUAAACAUUAAACAGUUUUCUUUA